AGUCGGACGCGAUACCUACGCCGAGCGCUCUUGCGUCAUGGCGUAAAUCCUGGAGCGGCGUGCCGCGUGCUGGAUUUGCGUUUCCUGGGAGACUACGACCUGUUUGCUUCCAGAGCGGGCUGGUAGCGACCGAGAGGUGGCAGCAGUAUGGGGACUCCUGGGGGCCUGCACUCGGACUUCGAGACGCUUCUCACGCGUUUCCAGGAGACCGACAGCGUCCGAUUUGAGGAUUUCACCACACUGUGGAGGGACAUGAAGUUUCAUACUAUCUUCUAUGGCAGAACAAGACAUAUGGAAAAGAACAAGUUUACAAAGGAAGCUUUAGUUCUGGCUUGGAAAUAUUUUCUACCUCCAUACACCUUCCAGAUCAGAGUUGGUGCUUUGUACCUUAUGUAUGGACUGUAUAAUACACAACUCUGUCAGCCAAAGCAAAAGAUUAGAGCAUGCCUUAAGGAUUGGGAUGAAGUUAUGAAAUUCCAGCAAGAUCUGACAAAUGCACAACAUUAUGAUGCUUCUUAUAUUCUUAGAAAGCUGCGACUAGACAAAGCCUUCCAUUUUACAGCAAUGCCCAAACCUCUUUCAUACAGAAUGAAGAAAAAUAUUCCACGAACUGAAGUUACAGAGGAAUUUAAGGAACCAAAUGACCGGGUAAUGAAGCUUAUCACUGCUGACACAUUAGAGGAAAUUAUGAAUAUCCAUGAUCAUUACCAGGAAAUGAAACAAAUAAUUUCUGCUGAUAAAUCCCAGCCUGACAAAGCCCUCAGCUUGAUAAAAGAUGAGUUUUUAGUUAACAUUAAGAACCUGGUUUUAGAACAUAAACAAUGGCACGAAGACAAAAAGAAGCUAUUCACAAAAGUGAAAAAUGAAGAUGACCAAAGAGAACAAGAAGGAAGUUCACAAGAAUUGGAAGGUUCUCAAAGAGCAGGGGCAUUAGCUAAAAUAAAAUCCAAGGCCUAUUCAAUUGUCACUCAGGCUUCUAAGUCGAGAAGACAUCGCCAAGUUAAACUUGAACCACUUGAAUCAGAAUUUGUCAAAAACCUAGCCAAGACACCUAAUAAAAGAAACAAAGAAAAACUGGAAUCAGAAGAAGAAACGUCAUCUCAAAGUAAAGAGUUUUCAGCACCCAAGAGGAAAAGAAGAUGCUGAACAAAGAACCUGGACUGUAGAGUUUUAUGAAAUUUGUAUUUCUGGAGAGUUAAAAUCUUUAUGUGAUGAACAUGAAGAUAGUAAAGCCAGCUGUUCCCUGUUUGUUCGACUCCCAUAGCAAUCCUUUGUGGAAAGCGGUUUCCACUGAUGUUUAUGUGCACUCAAAAUUGCCUUAACACAGUUGUGGCCAUAUUAAUUAUCAUAUAGUCUUAUUUUAAAUUAACCUUUAGUUUAAGUGAGAUGUACAUUAAAUUAUACUUAGUCAUGUAUUAAUUUAUCACUUGAACGGAACCAUCAUAUAUCUUAUGGGUAAGUGCAAUAAAUAUAUUUUAAAUUCAAUGAGAUGAUGUCAGUGCUUACCACACUGCUUUGCAUAUUGUAGGUACUUUAAUAAAUGUUGAAAAUAUGAAUAAAUCAAAUUCUUAAUGUUGAA